ACAAGUCAACCAAGCACCCAUCAUGAAUAUUCAAUUUUUCCUUGCAUUGGUUAUUGCAAUGGGAUUGGUAGCCGGUCUCGAAGCGAAGUGCUGCAAGAGAAAAGGACCUCUCUGCUGUGGAAAUGGCAAAUGCGAUGCGCUCUGCUGUAA